GCAGGCAGAGGCAGACAUUGCUUGGCAGGAGUUGACGUGAGCGACAUCUCUGUAAAUUGUAUCCAAAUUUACCGCUAAGUGCCCUUUUCCAACCUCCAUUCCUCAACCCAACCCACACUGGAAUACCAAAGAUGAUUUUACACGCCAAAUUAGCAUUAUGAGAUGGAAGGCACAUAGACUGAGAUGAUGAGAAAGACGGCCAAGUCUCGGUCUACUGAGAGCUCUGCUGCUGCCGAGCGUUUAGCUGACUACAAGGGAGAUUUGGGUACUGCGUGUGAGGAUCAGGGAGGAGGUGGGUGCUGUAGCAGUGGCGGUGGAGGCAGCGCCAACUCUGACAAUCCUCCGGCCUCCAGCCCGGCUACUACCAACAGUGGUGGAAGUAGUACACCAGUCAGUUCACAAAAGGAAGGAUCUCAGCAUACACAACCAACCACGGCCAACCAACACAGUUCUUCAUCCUCCACAACGAAAGACCUCAGUAUAAAGGGCAUGAAGGAGAAGAAGUCCUCUACAAGCUCUUUGGUCUCUGGGGACAGCACAAUGGUAAAAGUUGUGAGGGUUUUGGUUGAUGAUUGUAAACCCAAGCCAACAACCAAGAAAAAUAAACCCAUACAAGCUGAUCUAGAUGUCUCCAAGGAAUUCAACAGAUGCAAGGAUGAUGGAGCCCAACGCUUGGACCUCAGCAACUCUAGCAUCAGUCACCUACCACCAUCUGUGCAGAACCUCACACAUUUGAUGGAGUUUUAUUUAUACAGUAACAAGCUGGUCACGCUGCCUCCAGAGAUCGGGUAUUUGGUAAAUCUUCAAACGCUUGGCUUAUCGGAGAACUCCCUCACAUCAUUGCCAGACACCUUAGCCAAGUUGGAGAAGUUACGAGUCCUUGACUUGCGCCACAACAAGCUCAAUGAGAUCCCGGACGUGGUGUAUAAGUUAACAUCACUCACCACGCUCUUUCUCAGGUUCAACAGGAUUAAGGUCGUUGGUGAAGACAUCAGGAACCUUAAAAAUUUGAUAACGCUGUCAUUACGCGAAAACAAGAUUCGAAAACUACCAGCAGGUAUAGGAGAACUUACGGGAUUGGUAACACUGGAUGUGGCCCACAACCACCUCGAGCAUCUGUCUGAGGAGAUUGGUAAUUGUAUUUGUCUACAGACACUUCACCUGCAACACAAUGAACUCUUGGACCUGCCACAGUCAAUUGGCAACUUAAAAAACCUCACCUGCUUGGGACUCAGGUAUAACCAGUUGACUGCUGUGCCACGAUCACUAAGCAAGUGCAUCAAUCUAGAUGAAUUCAACGUUGAGAGUAACCAAAUUUCCCAGCUUCCAGAAGGCCUGCUCAGCUCUCUCUCAAACCUCUCAUCUCUCACACUCUCACGUAAUUCCUUCAACUCAUACCCAGUUGGAGGACCGUCUCAAUUUACUAAUGUUCACUCAAUCAUCCUGGAGCACAACAUUGUGGACAAGAUACCUUAUGGCAUCUUCUCUAGAGCCAAGUACCUCACCAAGCUCAACAUGAACUAUAAUCAGCUCACCUCGCUCCCACUUGAUAUUGGGUCAUGGACGAAUAUGGUGGAACUUAACCUAGGCACAAAUUAUCUGACCAAAAUACCGGAUGAUAUAUCUUGUUUACAGAACUUAGAGGUCCUUAUAUUAUCAAACAAUCAUCUCAAGAAAAUCCCUUCAAGUAUAGGCAACUUACGGAAGCUGCGAGUGUUGGACCUUGAAGAGAACAGACUGGAAGGCCUCCCACCUGAGAUUGGUUUUCUGAAAGACCUGCAAAAGCUGAUAGUCCAGUCAAAUCAGUUAACAGUUCUACCCCGGUCUAUUGGGCAUUUGGUAAAUCUGACUUACCUUAGUGUAGGAGAGAACAACUUGAGUUACUUACCCGAGGAGUUUGCCACACUGGCAUCCCUGGACACUCUGUACAUUAAUGACAAUCCUCUGCUGCACAACCUGCCCUUCGAGUUGGCACUCUGCACAAAUUUGCAGAUUAUGUCUAUCGAGAGUUGUCCCUUAAGUCAGAUACCUCCUGAGAUUGUGGCUGGUGGCCCAUCUCUUGUUAUUCAGUUUUUGAAGAUGCAAGGUCCAUACCGCACAAUGUGACUUGAAGAAAUUUUCUCCUAAUGAAGUAAUGAAUGGAGGUUCGAGUAGGCAUGAGUCAUGAGAAGCAGCUUUUUACAGUGGCUAUUGCAGUUUCUGGGAACUGCUUCAACUCUCCUGCAGCGCCUACAUUGUUUCUGCUGCUACUACUCCCACACCCAAAAAAUUCUAAUUGCUGCUUGUGAUUCUGGGUGGCACAGCAGCUGGAUGUCCAUGUUGUUUCCCAUUGUGACUUACAAAGGUAAACAGGUGGCCAAUGAGCAUUGGUGCCUGUUGGCCACUUGUGUCAUUGGGUGACUUGAAGAAACAGUGGAUAUGUGUUAGGGAUUCAGGCUCCCCCUGUGAAAUGUGAUAUUGUGCUUUUCUUGUUAGGUAUAAGUGUGUGGCCAGGCCAGUGGAGAAAUUGGUAGUAAUGUGUACCUAUCUGGCCUCGGUGUGGUGGUGUGUAGUAUGACAAGCAUGGUAUGGGGCUGUGGUGGUGUUAAAAGGAGGCCCCCCUCCCCCAACUACCCAUCUUGGCUAAGGUGCAGAAAACAAAACAACAAAAAAUCUAAAAAAAAUAAAAAUAAAAUUAUAUAUAUAUAAAAAAAAAAAAAAGAGAUUGACCACCACCUAUCCAUUCUGGCUAAGUUGAAUGGUAGUUUCUGGUGUCACAAGUAGGAAAUUAAAAAAAGCCAAACUCCAACACUGCCAGCUACCAAUCUUGGCCAUGAUGUGUGGUGUAUGGUCCAACAAGCAUGGUAUGGGGCAGCUGCAGUGUGAGGAGGAAGCCCCCCCAACUCACCACUGUUGGUAGCAAGCAGAGAGAGAGGAAAAAGUGCUUGUGCUCAGUGUCAGGUGUUGAUUGUGCAUGCGUGGCUGUGCGUGCACAGAGUGACGACAGGUAGCCCCCGGUGGUGCGGCUCUGGUCUCCCCCCUAUACAAUGUCGUUCACUGACCAUCAGUUGGAAGCAAUGUGUGACUUCUCCCUCCGCUCCACAUUAGCUGCCAGAUGGUUUCUGGAUGAUAUUGAAGCAGUGCCGACCACUGGAUCCCACCUUCACUCUGUGCUGCUUAUGUGUGAGUGUAUAUAUGUAACAUAAGCCUGCUACUAGGUUGCUUCAAGCCAUUGCUGGUUUUAUCCUCUCAUGACACUGCUGCCUCCCAAACCAGUGCUUCGGUGUGUGUCUGCGAGUAUGUGUGUGUUUGUUUUUGUAUGUAAUAUGUAGUGAGUGUUAACUGUCACAGAAAUUACACAAAAAAUUCUGUGUGGAUGUGAAUAUCAGUAUUUUCUAGAAAGGCCUGAUUUGCUUUGCCAUGUAAAUAAAUGCUUUAACUAACUCAGUCCAGGAAUAAUAUAUGGAAAAAAAAUGAUCAUACUUUGCUUCCUGUGCCAAGCUAAAGGCUUCUUUUUUCUAUUUAUAUAAAUUUUUAAAAAAUCUCUAAUUAGUUAUUUUUGAAGCCAUGAAACUAAAGAUGAGAUUAGUUUGGUGGCAACAGUGGACCAGUGUGUGUGUCUUUUGGUGAGGCGAAAUUGGUUUUAUUUGAUACAUCCAUGCCACGUAGAGCUGGAUUGCAUAAGGUGAUAAACCACAAGUGUAUUGAUCACCAACAGAUGGAUGUCCUCUUGAGAGGCACCAUUUGUUGGGUGUGUAGUAUCACCCACAUUACUCCCACCAGUAAUAAAUGACUAACACUUGGCAAGGAAGGUCAGAGAACACAUAUUCUUAUAACAUUACUACAUACCCCAUUCCCCUCGGAGGCUCAUUGGUGCUCUACAACUGGAGCCUCGUCCCUCUUUCAUUUUUAAAAGGUGGAUGGAUAUACCCGACAAGAAACAUAUGUGAUGGCAUGAUGCUUCACCAUAUCUUCAGAAAGUAAUCCCAGAUGUGGUCAUACAGUGUUAUUAUGCAAGUUAUUAAAGAGACUUUUGUGGAGCAACAAGGAUGUGAUUAUGCAGUGCAAGGCAAUGUGGGCAUAGGCCAGACAACAAAGAUGAAAGCACAAUUACAAAUGUUUGGAAAUGGAAUUGUUUAGAGUAGAUGACCAACUGACAUGACCUUGCACAAUUAGUUGCUUGAACACGACAAUGUUGUACACUACAGUGUUCAAGUUACUGCUGCUCUGUGUGAGGCAGUUAGGUUUUAGUGUACUUCAGUGACUGCUGCUGCAAACUCCUUGAAGCAGCUGUGAAUAAUAACCUAGUCAGUGUCCCGUGGGAUGAUGUGCCUCUAGACUGGUUUGUCACUGGUCUAAGACACCCCCACACCAUCCAUUGCUUUGUAGCCUCAAAACCCCACAGAAAUAACCAAUGCUUAUUACUCAAAUGGACAUGCUGUGUAUCAGUCGCCUCUCAAAAAUGUUACUCAAUAAACCUGUAGGUGAAA